UGGACAUACAAUUGACAUACAGACAUAUGGUCUUGGAUGUCUACUGAAAGUACAGUGUUUUAAUACCAUUUGUAUGCAUGUAAACAGUGUUCCUACUGGAAAGCGUCAUGACAGAGUAUGGGAUGUCAACAGUAAACUUGCAACAGCCCUUGUUCACUCUGGACUUGGAGAAAGACAAGCUAAUAGUUUCCUAUCAGAGCUAAAUAUUCCAGCAUUUAGUUAUAAACUGGUUAGUGCAAGACUGAAAGAAGUAGGGAAUGUUGUUGAAGAGGUAGCCAAGGAAUCAACAAAUGAAGCACUGGAGAAAGAAUUGGCAGCUGUAGAACAAAAGAAGGGUUCACUUGUGGUUGCUGUAGAUGCAGGAUGGCAGAAAAGAGGAAGUGGUAGAGCAUAUGACAGCAAAUCAGGUCAUUGUUCCAUGAUUGGUCCAGAGACGGGAAAAAUUAUAAACUACUCCGUAAGAUCAAAAGAGUGCAGAGUUUGCAGUAGAGCAGAAUCCAGAAAUGAAAGUCCAAGAAAGCAUGCAUGCUACCGUAACUGGGAAGGUAGUUCAAAGGGGAUGGAGGCUGAUAUGGUGAUAGAAAUGGUGAAAGAUGUACAGAGUAAAGGCUGUACAGUAGCUGCAUUAGUUGGAGAUGAGGAUUCAACAACAAUAGGACGAGUACGGGCAAACAUCAGUAAUAGCAUUGAAAAGAUAUCUGAUAGAAAUCACUUAAAGAAGAUUCUUGGAAACAGUCUUUACUCUCUCAAGAAAAAUCAUCCUGUUUUAACAGUUAAAAUAAUCAAAUAUUUACAAAGUUGCUUUAACUAUAUAAUAGCCCAAGGUGAAGGUAAUCCAGAACAAAUAGCAAAAGAUCUCAAUGCACUUUCGAAACAUCCUUUUGGCGAUCAUCAAUGCUGCUCAAGUCGAGGGUGUAAAUUUCUCAGCAAUCCAAAGUCUGUUUUUAAAUCAUUUCCUCAAGGAAAACCUCUGUCAGGUUCAGGUCUACAAAAGUCUCUGGAAAGUGUUUUUGAAGGAUAUGCUAAGAACAGCCUUAAAUUGUCAACUGUCGGUAGUACUCAAGCUAAUGAGAGUUUCAACAGAAUGGUUUCUGCUAAAGCACCAAAGCAUGUUCAUUACAGUUCUUCUGGAAAUUUGAAUUACAGAGUUGCAGCAAGUUUUGCCCAGAAGAACACAGGUCACAGAUACCUAGUUAAUGUUAAUAAGAAGUUGGGGCUUUCACCAGGUUACCAUACUCAGCGCCUUGCCAGAUUAAGAGAUUGUCAGCGAUCAAAGCAGAGGGCAUUGGCAACUACAAGAGCAUUUAAAAGAAAACGACUGGAAAAGAAAGCUAAGAUGAAAUUAAUGUACCAAAAGCUUGCAUCUGCAGAAGUCAGAGAAGGUGUCUCCUAUCAAACAGGAUGUUCUCUUGAUGCAGCAAUAUCGGAUGAUAUUCAGUCUAUUCCUGCACCAGUUAUUACUCCAGAAUAUCUUCCUUUGGAACCAAAGACCUUGAAUGACAGUUGCAUGACAUACUUUGAUGUUGAAACAACAGGACUUGGCAGAGAUUCUCACAUAAUACAGUUGUCUGCUGUCAACAGCCAAAACACAAAAUUCAAUAGAUACAUAAAACCAGCUAGACCUAUAUUACCACAAGCCUCAGAAGUGACUGGUUUGAAGUUUCAGAAUGGGAAAAUGUACCAUGAUGAUAGAGAAGUUCAGAGUAUUGGAAUUUAUAAUGCCUUAAAAGCUUUUAUUCUCUUUCUGAAAGAAAUUCACAACACUGUACUUGUUGGGCAUAACUCCAAAAUUUUUGAUGUUCCAAUAUUAAUUAAUGCACUUGAAAAAAAUGGUCUACUUAAUAACUUUAUGUCAUCAGUGAAAGGAUUUAUUGACACACUUCCUCUUUUCAAAGAGUGUAUACCAAAUCAACCGUCAUAUUCACAGCCAAAAAUUUAUAACGCUUUAUUUGGUGAACUGUAUAGUGCUCAUGAUUCCAUGGAAGAUGUUGUGGUUCUACGUCGCUUAUUUGAGAAAAUAUCACCUAGUCUUGUAUUGAAAUCCAAAUUCUGUGGCACUAAUGAAUCUGUAAUGCAGUUGUAUCAACACAGAAACUGUACAAAAGGUUUGCUUACAACACUGAGACCUCUAACAAAUAGCAAAACUAUAACAAACUGUAUGGCUACGAAAAUUGCUAGCAGUGGAUUAGGUCUAAGCCAUCUUAAACUGGCACAUAAAAGAGACAGACAACAAGGAAAAGAGAAUCUAUUUACAGAAUUAUGUGGACAUCCAUCAAAAGCUCGUGUUACAAAGUCAAAAAAAAUUAUUCAGGCAACAUCAACCUAUCUGAAUGACUUGGAGGAAUGA